AGCGCUGUCCAACACUAACGAAACCAACAGAACAAUCGAGUGCAUUGAAUGCACGUUGCUUGCGGCAAAAGUUUAUUUGUUUUUUAUUUUCGAGAAUUGAAGUCAAAACAUGUCCAGUGGGGCAGGCACAACUGUUGCGGCCGAGAGUGCCGAUGCGACCGCUUCUGCCGGUGUCGCUAGUGCCGCUGUCACAGCACAGCAAGAGCCCAUCUUUCAGGAGAUCAACGCCGAGCAGGCAGGGGAUUUGGUCGAGAUUGAGUCCGCCUGUAUGCGCUGCUUCAAAACGGGAAUAACCCGUCUGCUGCCCACCAAGAUACCCUUCUUUCGUGAGGUUGUGCUGAUGUCCUUCAAGUGUGAGCACUGCGGCCACAUGAAUAAUGAAAUGCAAUCGGCGUCGGAGAUACAAAAGAACGGUGUACGCAUCGAGCUGGACGUGCAGAAGCCAUCGGAUCUGAAUCGACGUGUUGUCCGCUCCGACAAUUCCAGCAUCAGCAUACCAGAGGUGGAGCUAGAGAUACCCGUGCAGUCGCAGAAGGGCGAGGUCACCACUGUGGAGGGCAUCAUUGAGCGUACGAUAACUGGCCUGUCGCAGGAUCAGGAGAAACGCCGCAUUGACCAUCCCACAGAGGCAGCAUCGAUCGAUGCCUUCAUCGACCGUUUGCGCCAGUUGAAGUUGCUGAACAAACCCUUUCGUCUGCUGCUCGAGGACAUCUCCGGCAAUAGCUUCAUUGAGAAUCCAUUAGCACCCGCCAGCGAUCCACAGUUGAAAAUGGGUCACUUUACGCGCACCCAAGCGCAAAACGAACAACUUGGUCUCUAUGAUCAGAACCACGAGGAGCAGAAUCUGCUAAAGCCCAUGGCCGAGGGCGAGUGGAACAUUGAGAAUCUGCACGGCGAGGUACUGCAGUUUGCCACGAAUUGUCCGAACUGUCAGGUGCCGUGCGAGACAAACAUGAAGCUGACAAAUAUACCGCAUUUCAAGGAAGUGGUCAUCAUGGCUACCGUCUGCUCCAGGUGCGGUCACAAAACGAACGAGGUGAAGUCUGGCGGCGGCAUUGAACCAGAGGGUGUGCGAUUCAAAGUGCGCGUUGCCUCUAAAGAGGAUCUGACGCGCGAUGUUCUCAAAUCGGAAACGUGCAGCUUGUCCAUACCGGAACUGGAUAUGGAUGUGGGUCCCAAUGCGCUCUGCGGCCGUUUUACGACCAUCGAGGGCUUGCUGGUGGCAAUGCGCGAGCAACUGGACGGCACAUUGUUUCACGACUCUGCCGAUGAGCCGUCGAAGCGACAGCUGGAACGCUUUCUGGACACAUUUGAUAAUGUGCUCAAAUUGCAGCAGGUGAUCACCCUGGUGCUGGAGGAUCCGGCUGGCAAUACUUAUGUCCAGUCGCUCACUGAUAACGAUGAGCCAGACGACAAACUGACCGUGGAAAGAUACGAGCGCAGCUAUGAAGACAACGAAGAGCUGGGUCUAAAUGAUAUGAAAACUGAAAAUUAUGAGAAGGAUGCGUGAUAAUAUGCCUUUUACCUCUUAAACAAUAUGCAUUUACUAAACAAUUCAUAAUUCAAUUGUAACAUUUAAAAACAGUUAAAAUUUGUGGUGUCUAUUAUCGAUGAACGAUUUUGAAUAAUAAAUACUUUUGCAAGCAU